ACACCGGCCGGGAUACAGGAUGCCUCAGCGUCAGACAAGCCUAAUGACGCAACGGGUUUACUCAAUACAGCUUCAGCUUGUGAGGGACAGGAUAAUACUUGCAGGAUUUCCCACGUUUCCUAUGACCAAAAACGGGCUGAGGACUCUGACACUGACAGAUAUUACGUGACAGGCACACGGGAAAUAAGCUUCUCGGGACACCAGGGAAACAUCAGAUGCAAACUUUCGCGAUGGCACACGCCGUGAUGCUUUUUCUCUUGUGCGUUUUCGCAGGAGCGCACACAUUGGCACCUACAUAUGAAGCAGAGGCGGUGAGGGAGAGCCAUACAGUUGUUACCACCACGGGCAACGAAUGUAAAUUCCCUUUUCGUCAGGGUGGAAGGAUUCAUCAUCACUGCAUCACUGUCCUGUCCUCAAGACCAUGGUGCUCUCUUACACACAAUUUUGAUCGGGACAGGAAGUGGGGCUUCUGCGCACCAGAGAGAAGGCACCCAAAUGUUUCUGUCCACACUUCACGCAGAAUCACAGAUCCGUGUCAGGCGAAGCCGUGUCAGAAUGGAGGCGUCUGCACAGCGAUCCCACACAGACGCACAUUCGAAUGCUCCUGUCCUGAGGGCUUCUCUGGGAGAAUAUGUGAGCAAACCCCGACGCCUUUCAUGUGUUGUGUCGGCUUUUUCAGAGAAGUGCUACGAAACCGUACACCUGCGCUAUUAUGACAUCGGAGAGUCUUGGGGACGAAUUCACCUCCGUAAUGUGGAACAGUGCACAUGUGUGGCAGGGGAAAUCAAGUGUGAGAGAGUCCACUACACGAUGUGCCGUACAAACCCGUGUCAGAAUGAUGGAACGUGUCGACUGAUCAUAUCCACUGGAAAGGAAGUGUGUAACUGCAGGCAUGGCUACAGUGGACCUCACUGUAGUCUCGAGCCAGAGACAGAGUGCUAUAGCAGCAGGGGCACGGGUUACAGAGGCCUGGUGGGCACCACCGUGUCCGGCGCCCGGUGUCUGCCGUGGAACUCAGACCUGCUGUUUGAUGAGCUCCAUGUGGGCACAGUGGUUGCAUCACCUGUUAAAGGCCUCGGGGAGCACGCCUACUGCAGAAACCCAGACGAGGACAAGAAGCCUUGGUGUUACACAAUAAAAGACAGCGCCAUCUCCUGGGAGUACUGUGACGUCCCCUCCUGUGUGAUGGCUGCGUGGGGAAAUCAACCAGCAGCUGAUUCAAAAUUAUUCAGAAGAGCUUCUUCUCUGAGGCUUACUCCAUUCAACGUCCUGCCCACCAUUGAAAAACCCAAACCCUCCAUGCCGGCCAAAAAACCCGUAUGCGGGACAAAGCACAAGAAGAGGUUAUCGAUAGCCAGAGGGAGGAUAAUGGGCGGAAGCUCGGCUCUGGAAGGUAGUCAUCCAUGGAUGGCAGCCAUUUACAUCGGACAGUCAGACUUCUGUGGCGGCACUCUCAUCGCCUCUUGCUGGGUCGUGUCUGCGGCCCACUGCUUCUUCAGCAACCCCCUGAAAUCUCAAAUCCGUGUGGUCCUGGGCCAGCAUAGGUUUAAUACCACCAAUCCCAACACGAGGACAUUUGGAGUGGAGGACUACAUCUUUCCAAGGCACUUCUCAGUGUUUAACCCAACUCUGCAUGACAUUGUUCUAAUCAAACUGAAGAAGCAGGACGGGCGAUGUGUGAGGAAAACCCCGUUCAUCAGGCCCAUCUGUCUCCCAGACAAAAGCAUGACGUUCCCCGAUUACUACUGCUGCACCAUUAGUGGCUGGGGACAUACACAAGAGAAGGGAAUGGGGUACUCCACUCUGCAGGAGGCUGGAGUGAGACUGACUCCUCAUGAUAAUUGCAAGAAGCCAGAAGUGUAUGGCAACCAUGUCACCAGUGACAUGAUUUGUGCGGGGAUUAACGGCUGCGUUGAUGCGUGCCAGGGUGACUCCGGGGGCCCGCUGGCUUGUGGGAGGAAUGACGUCAGCUUCUUGUACGGGAUCGUCAGCUGGGGGGAGGGCUGCGGCCGCUCCAAUAAACCCGGAGUUUACACAAAAGUAGUGAAUUACAUUGACUGGAUCAAUUCAGUGAUCAAACGCAAACCCAAGCCUUCACCAAACGACAUUACCUGGAAAUAACCUUGCGUGCGUGAGAUGUUUAAAGAUGUUUAAAGAUAUUAUAUUUGAACUUUUUUUUAUUAUUGUAAAGCUUCUGGAAGUUAACAGGUUAUUUGUUUAACUGUGAAAUAUUUUGAGACUGAAUAAACCUUCAAUGACUUUCAAUGACAUCAAACUUUGAGUGUCUUUGUUAAAGAGCUGUGAUUUGUUGUGAAUGUAAUUAAAACAAGCCAGUCUUAAGGUUCACUUACAAGCUGAAUACCAUGAUGUUUUUCUCCAAGUGGACUUUUCUCUGUUAUCACGAGGCUGGAUUUUCUGAGAUUUGAAAUGUAUUGCUGUUCAGUUCAUUCUUUGAAAUCAUUCAUCAGACAUUUCUCUCUUUAGUUUUUAAAAAAAAAAUUAAG